CCCAUCACUACAUGCAGCAAAAACAACAACAACAGCGUUUGUGGUUUACGUGCGUGAAAAUUAUUUAAGUUUUGAUGAAAAAACAGUAUUUAGGACAUUGCAAUAGCAAUUCCAAGUGAUCCGUAUGCUGCGGCAAGGCACUGUGCAAUCGGCAACCAAACGCGUGACAGGGCAGAACGGUGUGAAUGGACAAAAGUGAAAACGUCUCGGCUGUCAUAGGAAAACGGGUGCCAAAACGAAAAGAAAGAAAGAGCACGCUGCCAGAAAAGCACACAAGUAGUACAAGCACAUACAUACACGCAGUGCACUCGACGCCCCUCCCACACUCUUUAAUUAGUUUGAUUUUCCAGUAGUGAAUAAAUCCACAUCCCAAACCCCCCCCACCGUGCGAGGCGUGCAAUCCCAACCAAAACCAAACCCAAUCACCACACACACACACACUUAUACAUACAUAGAAAUUGUGUAUAUUGCGUAGCAGAGAAACGCCAACGUCGACGGCAAUCAGCCAGCAGCCACACCAACAACACCAGCUCCAAAACGCCAGCGGCAAGCCGCCCAUAUGUCCACCUACAUGAUGGCCAAAACGCUGGAGGAGCAGAGUCUACGCGAGUGCGAGCACUACAUACAGACGCACGGCAUCCAGCGCGUCCUCAAAGACUGCAUCGUCCAGCUGUGUGUAUGCCGACCCGAGAAUCCCGUGCAGUUCCUGCGCCAGUACUUCCAGAAAUUAGAGCGGGAACAAGUCAAACUGGAUGCCAGCAAACAGGUCAUCAGCCCAGACGACUGCGACGAUCUCAGCCCAAUGCCACAAACAGCUGCCCCACCGGUGCGCAGGCGCGGCGGCAUCUCCGCGGAGCCUGUCACCGAGGAGGAUGCCAGCAACUAUGUGAAGAAGGUGGUGCCAAAGGACUACAAGACAAUGAAUUCCCUGUCGAAGGCCAUUGCCAAGAACGUGCUCUUUGCCCAUCUGGAUGAGAGCGAGCGCUCCGACAUAUUCGAUGCCAUGUUCCCCGUCAAUCACAUAGCCGGCGAGAACAUUAUCCAGCAGGGCGAUGAGGGCGACAACUUCUAUGUCAUUGAUGUGGGAGAGGUUGAUGUUUUCGUCAACUCUGAGCUGGUGACCACCAUCAGCGAGGGCGGCAGCUUUGGCGAACUGGCCCUGAUCUAUGGCACACCUCGGGCUGCCACCGUGCGGGCCAAGAGCGACGUGAAGCUGUGGGGCAUCGAUCGCGACUCCUACAGACGCAUUCUGAUGGGCUCCACCAUACGCAAGCGCAAGAUGUACGAGGAGUUCUUGUCCCGUGUCUCCAUUCUGGAGAGCCUGGACAAGUGGGAGCGCCUCACGGUGGCCGACUCACUGGAGACGUGCUCCUUUGACGAUGGCGAGACGAUCGUGAAGCAGGGAGCGGCGGGCGAUGACUUUUACAUCAUUCUCGAGGGCUGUGCGGUGGUGCUGCAGCAGCGAUCAGAGCAGGGCGAAGAUCCUGCAGAGGUCGGUCGCCUGGGCUCGAGCGAUUACUUUGGUGAGAUUGCCCUGCUAUUGGAUCGGCCACGCGCUGCCACUGUGGUGGCUCGCGGGCCGCUCAAGUGCGUCAAACUGGAUCGGGCGAGAUUCGAGCGCGUUUUGGGACCCUGCGCAGACAUACUCAAACGCAACAUCACGCAGUAUAACAGCUUCGUGUCGUUGUCCGUCUAAAUCAAGGACAACAGCAGAAGCAGAAGCAGCAGCAUAAAGCACACCACAUCACAGCAACAACCAACAAACAAACAAACAAACAACAACAACAACAACAACGCAGCGAACACCCACAACAAACAUCUACUAGAACAACAACAAGAUCUAGAUGAAGAGACGAAAGAGGAACCCGUAGCAUAAGGGGUUCAAGUGCUCAGCAGCAGCAAAGCAAAGAAAAUUGUAAACUAUAUGAAUUUGUAAAGUUAAUUGCCUUCCAUCCGGUCCCCAAGGGAUGGAUAGAGACCCUCAAAGAUGCAGAAUGCUUGCAAUGGAUAGGAGGGGCGGCGGGAGGAGGACGUUUCCAGAGCCCAGGACAAAACUAUUUUAAUUAAAAUGAUUCUGUAUGUUGUGCUGAAAGUUACAUAUACCACUACUGUUCGUGUACACGUGUGUUCUGUUCUCUGUGUACAGAUUGCGGCGGCAUGUUUCCCCUACGCAGCUCGACUCUGCGACACUGCAACACUGGAGCUAGUAUUUCUUUUCGCUUUUUUUUCGCCAUGACUCUACUUCUGAAUGACAAUUUCUCUACACAUUUCUCUACGAACAAAGAGUCUGCAACUCUUUUUCAAACAUCUAUUUGUCUAACAAAUGGAACAUGCUGCCACCCAAAAACAAAAAAAAAACAAAACAAAAUGAAAGAAAGAAAGAAAAGAAAAACGUUUCAUUAAAUAUUCAAAAAGAUGUCUGAAUGUUUUUUUGAGCAAAAGAAUUAAAACAAAAUAAAAGAAAUAUGUGUAAUAAGGAAAAUUAGCCACCCACACAUGCACUCACAUACAUACAUACAUACGAAAAAUUUGCGGACGAGAGCUGGGGAGAAGAAAAGUCAGUCACAUAGAAAAAGUGAAAGGAAAAAGCAAAACAAACAAUUUCUGAACAGUUUUUAAUUUUAGUAAAUUAUUUUUAAACAUACAAUUUAGCGGCUAGCAUGAAGAGUCGGAAAAUUCGAUGAAAAUAUUUAAUUGAAAUUAAAACAAACACAAAAACAACAAAAAAUAAGAACAAUUCCCCCUCAAUUCUUGUUGUUGUUUCUUCACGAACUUAGUUUUAUUAUUAAUAUUAUUAUUUUUGUAUAAUUACGAUUUGUUAACCCCCCACUAAUUUAAGCUUUUGGCUUAUGUUAUACGAACUGUUAUACCAUUGAAAUUA